UAACGCACUGCGGUAUUUUCGCCGUCGGGUCCGAACGGUUUUACCGUUCGCGGAUUUUACGACCCGCACCGCAUUGCGAUUUUUUACCGCUAAUACAAUAGGUGUUAUCACUCAAUUUUCGCACCUAAACUGGCUAAAUAUCAAUUUCUAAUUUCCAUAAGAAAAUUGAAUAUUGAUAGUUGAUAGUACAGUGGUUGGUUAACCAACUACUAUGGUCUGUGAUCUACUGUAUUUACUAUAUUUCACUAUAUCUAAUACUGUAAAUUUAAAUUUUUUAUACCUACGUACCACGAUUUGUACACAAACACCUAAAUACAUAAUGGAGUUAGAUGAUUAUGACAAUUUAUUUAAAGUGAUUGCUGUCGCAGAAGCAUUUGGUGAAUUAGAAAAAAAAUAUAAAAAUAUGCAAAAUUACAAAAUUAACCGUUGACUAUAGUCACAGUGGGUUCCUUCCCAUCGAAACAAUGUGUUUACUUUACGAACGGUACAACGGCAGCGCCGUCAAACCGCAGCAUGUUGCGGCGACCGACGGCGGAGAACGGCGAAACCGUCGAGUGCGGUGCAGUCCGUCUAAAUAUAGCAGUUUGGUGUGAACGUAAAAACCGUUCGGGUAAAACCGUUCGGACCCGACGGCGAAAAUACCGCAGUGCGUUCGGACCCUUAGUAGUUAGUACUUAACGGUGCUACAUCUAAAGUUUAGUUUCAGUGCAGUAUUAGUGUAUUAGUAUCAGUGCUUUAGAUAUUGAUUAUAUUUUUAUUAUUCCAAGAUCUCAUAAAAUAAUGAAUAACAAAGAUUAUAGAUACGGGACGAAAAAACGUCGGUAUUUAAGUAAAACAAUUUUAUCUAAAAAGCAAAAAUUAAAAAAUUUUAUUAAAACAAAAGAAAACCCAAUAAUUGAUCACCAGGUUUCAGAUUUAGGCGCACCGGUUGCUGUUGGUGAUGAAAUUAUUUUUAGCAAUUACUUACAAAAACAUGAUAAUCGAACGCAGAUUGAGGCUGAAAGAGAAAAUAUAAAUUUUAAUACUGUCGAAAAAUCAUUAAAUAAUAUAAUACCUGUCGAGGUGAAAUGUAGUGGUCGACGUGUAGUUGAUAUAAUAAUUUUAUUUGAUGCUAUUAAAAAUAUUGACCACCACUCAUUCUAUUGUACUUUCAAAAACUUAAUUUUGGUAAAAGAAAUCAGAAAUGGAUUUUUUUCUGAAUUUGUUUUUAUGUGUAAUUUUUGUAACAAACAAGAAAUAAUUACAAAUGAAAAUCGCGCUAGUAUGCCUGUAAAUUCGGCAAUGGUAGCUACAAUCGUAAAUACUGGACAAGGGUAUACACAACUAGACACAUUUUCAGCUUUUUUAAAUAUGCCUAAUAUGAGUAAUCCGUUAUAUCAAAAAAUUCAUAAUGACUUAAUUAAACACACCGAGAACACAGCUAUAGAAGCAAUGGAAAUGGCUGGUAAAGAAGAGGCUAGACUUGCAGUGGAAGAAAAUAACGUAGACGAAAAUUGAAUACCACUAAUUACGGUUGUAGCAGACGUUACAUGGUCUAAAAGGUCUUACAAAAGUAACUACAAUGCCCUUUCUGGUGUAGUAAGUAUUAUUAUUAUAUUAUAUUUAUAUUAUCGUAAAUAAUUUUUUUAAA